AUGAAUACGAAAGAAAUAUUGCAAGCCUUGCGACAACUGCAAAUAUCUGGACACACGGGAGUUUAUCUAGCCGACAAAUUGCCCAGGGUGUGGACGAAGUGGACAGCAAUCGUCGCUAACACAGACAAUCACAAUCAACCAGGAACCCAUUGGGUUGCCUUCUUCCUCGAUGGAAACAGACACGCCAUCUACUUCGACAGCUAUGGAAUACCGCCGUCAGAUUCUCGCUUCCUUCUGCGACUUCGAAGAAAUUCCGCAACGCACACAUGGAACACGACUCAACUUCAAGGAUAUUUCUCGCAAAUGCGGGUAGCUGAAUAUGUACAUUCAUCAGCCAAAUUUUUUCUGGCAAACAAGAUUUCUUCUUGGUUAAAUGUCUCUGGACCAUCAUACGUUGUAGAUACAGCCUGCAGUUCAAGUCUUUUUGCUUUAGCUCAUGCGUACACAAGAAUAAAAAACGGAGAAUGUAAUGCAGCCAUUGUAGCUGGUGUCAAUCUGUGCUUACAUCCUUAUAUAACGUAUCAAUUCUUUAGUCUUGGAGUGUUGUCCGCUGACGGUUACUGCAGACCUUUUGAUGAAAAAGCUAGUGGUUACAUGCGCAGUGAUACCGUUGCUGUGCUGUUGUUGCAGAAAGCAAAAGAUGCAAGAAGAAUUUACGCUACAUGUGUUAAUGUUAAAACAAAUUGCGAUGGUUUCAAAGAAGAGGGUAUCACAUAUCCAUCUUUUGAAAUGCAAAAGGCUUUACUAGAAGAAUUUUAUGAGGAAUGCAAAAUUGCACCUUCUGAGAUAUCUUAUAUGGAAGCUCAUGGAACUGGUACUAUAGUAGGCGAUCCAGUAGAAGUUAAAGCUAUUGAUCAAGUUUUCUGUAAAAACAGAAAUAAUCCUUUAUUGAUGAGCUCAAUAAAAUCAAAUCUUGGACAUUCUGAACCUGCUAGUGGUCUCUGUCAAAUAGCAAAAGUACUGAUAGCAAUGGAAACUGGUAAAAUUCCAGCAACUCUGCACUUUAAAUCACCGCGAAACGAUCUUACUGCUGUAAUUGAAGGUAGAAUAAAGAUUGUUAAUGAACUUACACCAUGGAAUGGCGGAUACGCAGGUGUAAAUUCUUUUGGAUUCGGUGGCGCAAACUGUCAUGUAUUAUUAAAAUCAAAUCCGAAAAAUAAGAUCAAAAAACUAGACGAAUUACCUAGACUUGUAAUUGUGUCUGGUCGUACUAAAGAAGCUGUUAAAACGAUUCUGGAUGAU